AUGGCCCUAUCAAAUCAGGGAAGUUAUGCAUUCAAGUUGUCUGAUAUAGUAGAAGAACCUGAACGAAUGCUGCCACCAAUUCAGGGCUAUGAGAAGAUGCCGUUGGUCUCUCUCGAGGAGGCUGUUAAGCCUCUUAUUGACAUUGUACCUGAAGUCGAACGAAUGGUUUUCACAGUUAUGCCAAAUUGUCAGAACUCAUCCGAUGGUCUCUCGACUGACGAGUCCGCUUCGAUCAUGAUCUAUUCUUUGGAUUGGAAUCCACACGAAACAUCAUUCUAUAUGAUUCUCAACAAAAUACUACGUGGUGGAAAUCGAGACUUAUUACGACCUUGGUUUCUAUACUUAAAACUAGUACUUACUGCUCUUUCGAAAAUACCAUCUAAACGUCUUGUUCUUCAUCGUGGAGUCAAAAAGGAUUUCAGUGCGAGUUAUCAUCAGGGGGAAAUAAUCGUCUGGUGGGGAUUUUCUUCUUGCACGUCAUCGAUUCAUGUUCUCAAAAAUGACGAAUUUUUGGGCGAGAGUGGCACGCGUACAUUGUUUAGCAUUGAUUGCCAUUCUGGAAAAGACAUUCAGCAGUAUUCCAUGUAUAAAACAGAAAACGAAAUCUUACUACUUCCUGCCCGUCAAUUCAAAGUUAUAUCGAGUUUGAAUGUGGGCAAUGGUUUGCAUAUUAUUCAUAUAGAAGAGAUUGAUCCAGUAUCUCCUUUACUUGCACCUCCGUCCGCAAGUAUUGCAUUUACGUCACCGAAGUCAUCACUAUGGAUCUCAUCAAUAAAACCGCAGAAUUCUGAGCAUGAUCAAAAUGCUAAGCUCGAACAAAUCAUAUACAAAUGUCAAUCAGGCAGGAUAAAUUUAAAGGGAGAACGAUUAAAUGAUCAAGGCAUGGCAAUCGUCGUUAGACAGGGUAUUAUUGGCAAACAAUGCAUAAAACUCGAUUUGAUGAAUAACGAAGUUACACCGGGUAGUGUCGCGAUUCUUAUAGAUGCAUUACGGAAUAAUACGUGCUUGGAAGAACUGAAUAUUACAAGUAGUAGUAUAUCUGAUUCGGAUAUUCGUUUGCUGGCAUCAGUGGCCAACAGUUCGAUUCUGAAACGAAUUGACCUCGAAGAUAACGACAUAUCUGAUGAGGGUGCAAGAUAUCUAGCAGACAUGCUUGAAACGAAUACAAAAUUGCUUCGAUUAUCAUUAAUUAAAAAUCAUAUAAGCAGUCGUGGUGUGAAUAUGUUAGCCAAUGCUCUUACAAGUAGCAACACGAAUCUCGAAGUUUUAAAUCUAAGUGCAAAUGCCGAUGUGGAUGAUGAAAGUAUCGCUUCAGUUGUGAAUAUGAUGGAGCAUAAUCGAUCAUUAAAAAAGCUCGAUUUGCGCCAUUGCGAUCUUUCAGAUGAUGGUAAAGCAAAACUUCGAACAGCAGCCAAGUCGAAAAAAGGAUUCGAGUUGUGGCUCUAG